UGCUGAUAUGUAGCUGAGUAAGGUGUAAGUUACUACAAUAAUGUGAGUAAACCUAGUCAGGGUCAGGAGAGUGAACAGGGAGUGUAGUGAGGCACAUCCAGGACAAUAAGUGAUGAGUGUAGUGAUUUGCAACCAGGAGAGUACAGGCAAAUGAGGUCCAUCCCCUAAUUCUGUCUUUAUGUACAUAGGCUGUAAAAAUAAUAAUACAGCAGACAAUAAUGAUAAUGAUUAUACAGUAAUAAUAAAAGAAACUACAUAAGAUACUGUAUUGUACCUCAAGCUGACAAAUUGCUGAAUCACAGAUGCUUUCAUGAGCCUCACAAAGUAGUGUAUGCAUUCCCUAUUGCGAAACGUUUUAUUUAACUAUAAUAUUUAAUAUAAUAGGCUUGAUGGCAAUCCAUUCAUAAGUACGAAUUGUGCGAAAGUCAGAUGUUUUUAACCUGGAGUCUGCCUGUUUGUGAUGACUGACAUGAGUCACAACCAGGAGAGUAAGUAUAUUGCCUCACAAGUUAUAACCAGGAGAAUAACGAUGAGUGUGUAUAGUCACAAUCUGGAGAGCAAGUGAUCAGUGUGGUGAAUCACACCCAGGAGAGUAAGCUAUGAGUGUGUUGAGUCACAAUCUGGAGAGCAAGCGAUGAGUGUGGUGAGUCACAACCAGGAGAGCAAGCAAUGAGUGUGGUGAGUCACAACCAGGAGAGUAAGCGAUGAGUGUGGUGAGUCACAACCAGGAAAGUAAGUGAUGAGUUUGAUGAGUCACAACCAGAAGAGCAAGCGAUGAGUGUGAGCAGAUCUUAUGUAUCCGGCUGAUAUACAGCUCGUACCAUCUCAUACGGCUGCCCCAGUCCAGGUCAUGGAUGACUGGGUGGUUCCUCAGCACUCAGCGAGGUCCCUGGUCCCUUAUUUAUAGAUCAAUUCAUGGAGAGUGCAGUGAGGGAGAAGUGAGAACAUGGUGUUGAACAUUAUGUUGGCUGUACUAUUUUAUCUUUGCGUGUUUCAAAAUGACAGAAUAAGCAAAAAUUGUCUAAGCAAAGUGUAUGUGUACGGCUGAGCUACAGCCAAGAGCUCAUGUUCUGCAGACCACCCCCUCUUUUUUAGCUAUUAGAUUGCAGUUAUAGAUUUUCAUAAAAUUGAGGUUAUUUUUGUGGGGACCAAGAUGUCCCCACAAGGUGAAAACUUACACGCUUUUAUAGUAGUGUAGGGAGGUCUGGCCCCCGCAAUAUACUAAUAACAACAACAUGUAAACAUAAACAGACACUCAUAAACACACACAUAUACAAAAACACAUAAAAGACACAGAGACACACACAACUGCACACAAAAACACACACACAACCACACAUCCACACACUAACCACCAGAGUUACUGUCUGCUUCGGACCUGAUCUAAAGGAAACAUAACCUGAUGAUCUUUCCUUGCACAGAUGUUAACGAAUGCAUUCAGUUCCCCGGCAUUUGUGGAAUGAAUGCCAGCUGUUCCAAUACUGAGGGCAACUACUACUGCAAAUGUGAUGAUGGGUUUGUGUCUACAUCAAAGACUGACACCUUCACGGCUGUCAGUGGCUCCUGCAUUGACAGAAACGAGUGUCUGGAUGUCAUAGGCAUCUGUGGCCCCAAGGCCAAAUGCCAGAACACAAUAGGAUCCUACUACUGCUCCUGCCUUGUUGGUUACAGCCUGAUAGUAGAUCAGAAAAUGUCCUGCACUGACAUAAACGAGUGUCUCGUUGAUGCAUCCAUCUGUGGGACGCUGGGACUGUGCCGAAAUGAGGACGGAGGCUACAGGUGCCAGUGCAACACUGGUACCAGCAACUUUGGGGACAAGCGGGCCCACUGUGUAGAGUUACAGUGUCAGUUGUACAACCAAUCUGCUGAGGCAGAUCAACAGACCCUACUGGGCCUCGACAGUGUCUUGUCGCUUAUGAGGAACAGCUGUUUGGAGCUGAGCCAGAUGACUGGAGGAGGAGGACAGAUGAAUGGAGAGAUAUUGUUACAGAGAGUGUUGAAGGCCAGCGAUACCCUCCUGUCCAGUGAGACCCUGCAGCACAAAGGCCAUGUGAGCAAGCUACUGAGCUCCAUGGAGAACAUGCUCAGGCUUAUUGGACCACAGCUGAGAGGGAAUCACACCAGGAUGCAGACCCACCACGCAGAAGUGGAAGUCCUGGUGCGGAGGGAGAGAAGCCCCCCUCAGGGGCCCAUCCACCUCUCCACUGAGCAUGUCCAGCUGAGCACCACGUGGGAGAACGCCAUGGGCGCCUCCACAUACCCAGGAUUUGCUGUUGUCUCCAUGGUGAUCUACAAGAACUUGGAGUCCUCUACAAAUGGCUCCUCCCAUGGGAUGGGCAAGGCAGAUGAUAAAAUGCAUUUGCUGAUCAAUUCUAAAGUGGUCACAGUUUAUACAAGUAACCCAAACAGCAGUCACCUUUCCACACCUGUAAAUUUCACCUUUUCUCACCUGAAGAAUAGGGAGGCCCAACAAGUUUGUGUGUACUGGGAUUCAGCCAGCAGUGGUGGGGCCUGGUCACCACAGGGAUGUGUCAUGGUGGACUCUAACAGCACGCACACCAUCUGCUCCUGCAACCAUCUCAGCAGCUUCGCUGUGCUCAUGGCGCUCCAUGAGAUCAAGGGCACCUUCCAGCUGCAGGUCAUCACAUGGGUGGGGCUGUCCCUGUCCCUAGUGUGUCUCUUCCUCUGCAUCGUCACCUUCUCCUGCUGCCGCUCCAUCCAGGGGACCCGGAAUACCAUCCAUCUUCACCUGUGCAUCAGCCUCUUCAUUGCAGACCUUAUCUUCCUCACUGGGAUCUCCAGCACUCAUGAUAGGCAUGCCUGUGCCUUCGUAGCGGGGCUCCUCCACCUGUUCUUCCUGUCUGCCUUCUGCUGGAUGUGUCUGGAGGGCAUUCAGUUAUACCGGAUGGUGGUACUGGUCUUCAACACCACCCUGAGAUUUGGCUACAUGCUGACAGUCGGCUAUGGGUUGCCACUGCUCAUUGUGGCCAUAUCGGCCAUUGCCUACUCAGGGGGAUAUGGGACGCAAGACUACUGUUGGCUGAGCCUUGAACGGGGAUUCAUCUGGAGCUUCCUGGGUCCUGUGUGUGUCAUCAUCAUUGUCAAUGUCAUCUUCUUCAUCAUCACUCUGUUCAAGCUCGCACAGAAGUUCUCCAGUCUAAACCCGGACCUGUCCAUACUACGCAAGAUCAAGACAUUCACCAUCACUGCCAUUGCCCAGCUGUGUGUCCUGGGCACCAUGUGGAUCUUCGGCUAUUUCCAGUUUGAGGAGAGCACACUGGUCAUGUCCUACCUCUUCACCAUGCUCAACAGCCUGCAGGGCGUGCUGAUCUUUAUCAUGCACUGCCUGCUUUCCAAACAGGUGAGGGAGGAGUAUGCCCGCUUCCUGUCCUGCAUCCCCAUGAAGAAGAAGAGGAAAGACAAGUACUCAGAGUGUAGCAGCUCUCAGGCCUUGCGGAUGACACAGAGCACAGGAGAGUCGCAGGCCUGAGAUCGCAACACCUCACACCACAAAGUAUUUUUAUUUGUGCUGGACACUGUGACCCUGUAUCAUUCCCAUCUGGACCUCCAAAGGAACCUUCACGUACCUCCCACAGUGGAUCACACCUGCUCCGCCUUUAACUACACCCCUUUAUCUGGCCACAGACAGUCAACCCAUAAGACUGUUUCAGUAUGGGCAGUAUAAGAAGUCUAUUUAUAAAUGAAGAUAAAGCUCCAUAAAUAUCCAUUCACUCAUCCAUCUUCCCACCACUUCUGGCCAAGGUCAUGGGGGAGCUGCAACCUGGCCAUGGCAGUGCACGCUGCGGACGGGAUGUAAGACGUGUGUAAUUCUCUCUCUCUCUCUCUCUUCAUUCUGACACAAAGCUACCAGCCACCAUUUCCUUAUACUUACCCAGAGAGGCGAAUGGGCCAGGCUUUCAUCAUGAAGACUGUCGCUUUGCAUGGGAGGAGUGGUGCUCUGACACACCUAAACAUUAGCUACCAAAGGCCGUACUAUAUAUCAACUUUAUUUAUUGUACUUUUCUGUAAACAUUAUUCCUUUACAUAAACAGUCUAUGAAAAGGUUUUACAUGACCACUGCUCCAAUGUUCCAGAGUGUAGCCCUAAAUAAAGACACAUUCAGGUUUAAAUAGAGCAAUUCGGUAUAAUGAAUAACUGCUUGUUUAGUUAUGGGCACGAUAUUCUGGAAGCCACCCCAGGAAACACAGGAGAGGGACAGUUUUUAUUUGUAUAUAUGAAUAUACUGCAGAUUAUAUAUGUUGCGACAGUUUCAGAGGAAGAAUAUUAAAUCAGAUUUUUUAUGGUUCUUGAUUUGUCGUGCAUAAGAAUCAGUUGAAUUUUCAAUUUAUUGAAAAAUAAAUUAGCUCUGCAUCUCUAUUUUCUGUUACGUAUAUUUUAUAUUUCCUCAAAAAAUGUGAAGAUGUAUUGUACUUUAGGUUUAUUUUUGCAAAAUUUUAUAAAAUAUUUCUGUCUUAAAUGCAGACCCUUUACUCUAUUUUAAUGUGUCAUUGAUUCCCUUGGUGUGAGAGUGUUUGGUAGUAAAGGUGUGUAGAUAAAUGCAGUAGAUAAA